AUGAAAAAAUUCUCAAUACUCAUGUUGGAGGUACUUAGGAUGGACGGGGAGGAUAAGUUUCACUAUUUCAUUGAUUGA